AGCUUACCUGCAAAUUGCUGAAAGGUUUGUAUCUACAGACUAGGUGUUCCUAAAGCUUUUUUACUAGGGGUGUGUAAUGUGUAAUGUACGAUUUUGGAUCUUUGGAUCAUUUUAAUAUGGCCAUCUGCACAGCACGUCAUCACAUUCCAUGUCAACAGUUCAGUUGGUUUUUUUUUUCUCCUUCUUCUAUUUGUUUUCCAUAAGUGAUUAUCAUCAAGUUCAUGACUAAAGACACAUUUAGAGCAAUGGGAUCAAAAAAUUAAGUAUUUAGGAAAGUAAAUUCAGUUAUGUAGGCUCCCAUGAUCAAAUCCUGAAAUCUUGUUUUCACUAGGAAAUCAUACCAGUUAGAGUAUUUCUAAAAUAGUCAACCAAAUGCCUAUAACUGUUAACUCUAAGUGAUUCCCAGCUUGGCUUUAGGUAAUUAACAGUCGGUUUAGUUUCAGGCAGUAGAAGUCUUGGUCCUGAAGUUUAAGCACAUGCUAAAGGUUUUGUUAUAUUAGUCUUCCCUGGAAUUCCUGGUGCCUUGAUGACAAAUAAUCCUAAUAUUUCAGUUUGAAACAUACAGAACUGAGUUACUUCACUAUAGUGUUUUGUAUCUGAGUUCCUCAUCUACAAAUUGAUGAAGUGAUGUGAGGUUUAUACUGCUUGAAAAAUAAGGAUAUGUAAUAGGAUGGAUGAUACUUGAAAGAACUUUUAGAAAUUCUAAAAUGCAGAGGUUUUGAACACAGAAUGGUCUUUUUGUAGCUGGAAGAAGAAACAGAAAAGAAAGCAGUCUUUGCUGCACUGUUUUUAGCAGGCUUAACAGCUUUUACAGAACCUGUAUGUGUGUUUGUGCACAUAGGUGUGUAUCUGUAUUGAAAAGUGUCAUUUUGCUGAUGUUUGUCUCUUGCUUCUAUCUUUUAAAGGUUGGGCUAUAUGGUUUGACUCGUAAGACGCUUUAAAAAGACAGCAUGUUCAGACAGGUAACUUCCAUCUAGAUUCUUGUGCUUAGUCAGACUGUCGGCUGACUUCAGUUCUUCGAAACUUUCCAGUAAAUGGCAGACACUUGGCACAGAGACUUAUGCUUAGGUAAUCUUGCUAACUUACCAGAAGACUAUCCUCUUUUUUUUGCUAGGUUACGUUGCUGCCUCUGUAGUGGGUUAAACUCAGAUGACUUGCUAUUGGGCCAAACACAUAACUAAGCCAAUGCAGAAAAAAAUGUGUGAAUAUGUAGAUGUGUGUGGAGAAAAGAGGAAGAACUGAAGGAGUGGGACUCAUUCAAAAGCAGUCAACUAUUAUUUAGAUUGGCUUGCUCCUUCACAAGGAACUUCACAAGCUUCUGAGUAUAGCCCAAAGACUCCCCUCUGAAUAGUGUGCACUUUAAACAGAAUUUGUUGACUCAAAGCAGUGUAGUACAACAAUAAAACAUGGUGCAAAAUUAGCAUUAACCUUGUUGAUACUACACUUUAGGAGACUUUUACUGGUUAUUUUGUUAGUUAUCUGAGUGUAGAUUAGAUUUUGUAGAUGUUAAAGAGCAUAUUUAAAAAGAGCCCCAAAGGAUGAAAGGAUAUAUUUUCCUAUAGAAGGCAGAUUUUUACCCGAUAUCUUUGAUACAAAUCUUUUAGCUUUGUAACUUUUAGCAAGAUUAUAGCUGUGAAUCAUGGUGUAUAGACUUAACACUAAAAGGAAAAGAUAUGGAGAACAGCUACUAAGGGAGCUGAAACUUCAGUGUUAGGGCUCAAAAGAAACAUUUAUUUUGCCUUUAAAUGAUUGCUUAUAAAAAUUUUAAAAAGCAAGGGAAAGGGUAUGAAGUAGCAGUGUUAAAAUGACUAAAUUCAUGGGUAUGUAAGACAAGCAUUUAAAAACAUCAGCAAUUAAAAUAUUUGACUCAACAAAUAUGGUGCUUCAUGCCUUCAUUAGUCACAGUCAGGAGACUGAGGGGGAGCAAUAAAUUAAACAAAACAAAACAAAAAAAGCUUGAUAACAGCAAACCAAGAAGGUAUUCUUCUGACCAGUCAUGGAAUGGGAAUAAAUUACAUGAUUAAUAUUCAUUUGUUUAUUAUACAUAAUGUUAACUCAUACUAGUUCAGUAUGACCAGGAAGUAUUCUGGAUUAUGCCACUUGCUUACCUAAUUUCUUUUUUAUUUUGUGGGUCUUUGUAGUGGGAGCUGGGAAUGAUACCACAAUCCACAGGAAUUCCUGGAAAGUUCAUUAAGCUUCUGGAAGGCUUGUUGACUGAAGUUUAGGGGUGCAGGCUCCUGGGGAAGAAGACCUGGCAAUCUUUCUUCCAUUGUGUUUAAUAUAAAGUUAUCUGCUAGCGUGUGUAAGCACUGAAUCAUUCACUCCUGUGUUUUACCUUCUGGUUCCCAAGUGCAGUCUGCUCCUUCCCUGCUGGGUAAGUCUGAGUUUCCGCUUGGGACAUCUGUGGGUCUCUGUAUACCGAUUUUCCUGUUACACUGCAGUCAGGCCUUCUUACCUCACAGGUCCUCUAUGUGGAAGACUGGAAAAAGAUAAGAGCAAGUUAAACAAUCCUCUUACAUUUUAACUCUUCCUCUUUCUUGAUCAAAAAGAGUAUUCAGCAUCUUUUUUCAUCAUUAGAGAAGCAGGUAAGGAGGGAAGAGAAAGAGCAACUCACGACCUAAUUGCUGUUCUCAAAGUACCAGCAUGAGGGUCAGUGAUGAGGGAAUGACUGUAUUUCACCAAACUUCUAUACUGUACAGUUUUAUUCUCCACCAUCCAUAAAUCUCAUUAUUUUUGCUUAUUUUUAUCUCUGCUCCACCACUUACAUGCUCUGUUUGACACUGAUCCUCUCAAAAUUGUACACUAACAUUUAAAACUAUUUUAUCUGAAAGUUAUCUGGGCAUGCAAGAGAAAUCAAGCAGCAGCAGGUAGCAGAAGCGUAACAAAUACAUUACUAUUCUGAACCUCCAUCUGGGUGCUGUGGCAAACCCCCAGUUUCAGUUGGCAGACAGGACUGCUUUCUCUUGAACUAUUUUAGCGUUUACACUGACUUGGGCAUGACAUGUAAAGCAGGUGAUCAAGUACAUCAGUGGUGCUAUAAUCAUGGCAUGUAACACAUUAACUGGUGUGGGGUUUUUUAUCUUAAAAAAAGUUUGUGCAGUAUUGUCAGCUGAUCAUCAAAUUGCCAGUAAUUACCUGUUUGGGAUAUCUUUUGGUUAACUUUCUGCCCUAUAGAUCACUGCGUGGUGGCAGUUAAGGUUCUGCAUUCCACAGAAUAUUGAGUAUUUCAUAGAAAUUGGGACUAGGGAUGCCCAGAAGCCCAAAUAACGUCGCAUGACCUCACAACACCAAGCUCCUGUGGCAUUAAGUAACGCCGUGAGGCUCUUGUCUCUUUAACUGCCUCCUAACCGAGUAGUUGAAGGUCGCUCCUCCACCCGCCCGCGAGCGCCAGGGCUUCCCCAGCCCCGAGCCGUUAAUGGCGGCGGGGGUGGGGGCUGCUCAGCCCGUGUAAACCGCCGCAAGAAACGCAGGCCCGCGUUAAACGGUCGUAAAGUUUCCUGGCAAAAGACAGAGUAGGGUGUCUUUUCGGGCUAAAAACAAAGAAAUAAACCGAGAAAAAGACCGCCCCGCGGAGGCGGAGCCGUUAGGCAGCGCGGGGAGGGGGGGGGGCGCCCGUGUGGCGGUGGGGCGGGCGGCACGCGGCAGCGGCGGUUGGGCGUGGGCGCGCGCCAUGGUGGCCCAGCGGGACGAGCGGGUUUUCGACCCCGUCUCCUUCGGGAAGGACCUGCUGGUCGGCGGCGUGGCGGCUGCCAUCUCCAAGACGGCCGUGGCGCCCAUCGAGCGGGUGAAGCUGCUGCUGCAGGUGCAGGCCUCGUCCAAGCAGAUCCGGGCGGACCAGCAGUACAAAGGCAUGAUCGACUGCCUCGUGCGCAUCCCACGGGAGCAGGGAUUUUUCAGCUUCUGGCGUGGCAAUUUUGCAAAUGUGAUACGGUAUUUUCCAACACAAGCUCUAAACUUUGCUUUUAAGGACAAAUACAAACAGAUUUUCAUGUCCAGAGUGGAUAGAGAGAAACAGUUCUGGAAAUGGUUUUUGGCAAACCUGGCUUCUGGUGGAGCAGCAGGAGCAACAUCCUUGUGUGUAGUGUACCCAUUAGACUUUGCACGAACCCGGUUAGCUGCUGACAUUGGGAAAGGUGCUGCUGAGCGACAAUUCCAGGGACUUGGUGACUGUAUUAUUAAAGUUGCAAAGACAGAUGGGAUUUCUGGCCUGUACCAGGGUUUUGGCGUUUCAGUACAGGGAAUCAUCGUGUACCGAGCCUCUUAUUUUGGAUGUUACGACACCAUUAAGGGAUUAUUGCCAAAUCCAAAACAAAUCCCAUUCAUUUUCUCCUUUUUCAUUGCCCAAGUUGUGACUACGUUCUCAGGAAUACUGUCUUAUCCCUUUGACACUGUCAGGAGACGCAUGAUGAUGCAGAGUGGGGAGACUGAACGUCAAUAUAAAGGAACCAUUGACUGCUUUCUGAAAAUAUACCAGCGAGAGGGGCUUAAUGCUUUUUUUCAUGGAGCAUUCUCCAACAUCCUUCGUGGAACAGGAGGAGCCUUGGUGUUAGUUCUUUAUGACAAAAUUAAGGAAGUUUUAAAUCUUGAUACUUCAGGAAGUUCAGGAUCUGAUUAAAAUAGUGAAUGAACAUCUAUUUUGUUUGUACAAUGUGCAUGAUAGGCUUCUCAUUGUUUGGAUAGCAUGUUUUUAGUUUAAACGUUACACAACUCAUUGUAAAAUCAUUUAGAUGCUUCUAUGAAUAAGCAUGUACUAAAAUACUUUAUUUUGAGGGAACUACAGAGCACUGUUUUCAUUCAAGAAAUUAAUUCAAGAAAAUACUUACCAUGUUUAACAUUCUGAAUGUUUCCAUUUUAUUGAUGCUAAAUGUUACAUAUCUUGAAUUUUAAAGUACAGCAUGUACUUGAAUAUAUUUUUCUAACAGCAGCUUACCUAGCCUGUCAGCAAAUCCCAUUGUAAGUAUGUCCACACAUUAGCUUGCCCUGGUUUUUACAUAAACUACAAUAAAAAGGAAAACCUGA